AUGGACAGGAAAGUUGACACUCCGACACCGCGCAAGCGCAAGGUAACGGCCAAGGUCAAGGAGGAGGGCAAGGACACUGAGGUCACCCCCAAGAAGACUUCGACACCGCGCAAGCGCAAGGCCAAGGCCACGGCCGCGACCGCGACCGCGACCGCGACCACGCCAGUCACACUCAAGAAGCCAGCCACACCUCACAAGCGCAAGGCCACGGCCGACAAGGAGACCACGGCACCUCAAUCGCCAGCGGGAGUUCAGAGUGCUGCUGCCGCCUAG